CCGGACAAGUUACACUAAUAAACUACAUUUCCCUGAAGCCUCCUCAUCCAUGCGCCGCAGUCGAUCAGCUGUUGAAGCAACUGCUGACUACCUCCGCACGAAGGGUAACUCAUUUGUCAUAUCUUAACCCAGACGAGGCAAACAGAAAUAGCGUUAUUUGCAGAGUCCCAAAGGGUGAAAGAUAAAGCUCAGCAAACCAUGCAGGAUGAUUUACUGAUGGACAAAAACAAAGCCCAACCUAAUCAGCAGCUAGAUCCAGCAGUAGACCCUCCCUCCACCCCGACCCCUUCGGAUCCCCCUACAUUAGAUGAGAGCCCGUCGAGUGUGAGCAACCAAGCAGCUUCAGCUCUCAACAAAGAGAAAGUGCCGAUGGAGUCUCCGAUCCUGCCAGGCUUGAGUUUUCAUCAGCCGCAGGAAACCGGUGGCACCCUGUCCCCCUCAUAUGGUAGCACUUGGUCUACUGGAACUACGAACACCGUGGACGACAAUUUUAAUCAAGGAAUACCCUCGGUGAACGGAACAAUGCUUUUCCAGAACUUCCCCCACCACAUAAAUCCGGUAUUUGGAGGCAAUUUCUCACCUCAGCUUGGCUUGGCACAGUCUCAGCAUCCACAGCAGCAAGCCCAGCACCAGCCAGCGCAGCAACGGAGAUCCCCUGUUAGCCCCAACCACGGUCCUUUUCCACAGAGAAACGCUUACAGUCACCAGUCUGUCAUGAAUAGCAAGGCUUCUUCACCUGCCUCAUCUUCGGGUUGGAAUAAUCACCAAAAUGCCACUUGGAGCACAGGCUCCAAUCCAUGGAGCGGUCUCCAGGCAGGCAGGGACCCGCGAAGAGCUGUGGGAGUCGGGGUCGGUGUGGGGGUCGGUGUAGGGGUGCCUUCUUCCAUGAACCCCAUCUCCCCGAUGAAAAAGCCCUAUUCUAGCAACGUUAUAGCACCCCCAAAAUUCCCGAGAGCUGGUCUCCUCACCCAGAAAUCUUGGAUGGAGGACAACGCCUUAAGGAUGGACAACAGCAACAAUAUGCUGCCUUUUCAGGACCGGAAUCGGCCCUUUGAUGCAUUUAGCUUGCACUCUUUGGAGAAUUCCUUAAUGGAUAUGAUAAGGACUGAUCAUGACAAAGGACGCAUGGGUCUGAACUUCCACCACCCUGGAGCAGAGCACAUUACGCCAUUAAACACCAGGAGCUAUGGCCGCAGAAGAGGUCGCUCUUCGCUAUUUCCCUUUGAGGAUGGUUUCCUGGACGACGGUCACGGUGACCCCUCUCUGACCCCGGGGUUGAACUCGCCCACGCGCUGUCAGAACGAAGAGCGGAUGGAGCGCUACUCCAGGAAGGUGUUUGUUGGAGGCCUGCCCCCUGACAUAGAUGAAGAUGAGAUCACCAACAGCUUCCGUCGCUAUGGACACCUGGUUGUGGAUUGGCCCCACAAAGCCGAGAGCAAGUCCUACUUUCCGCCUAAAGGCUAUGCCUUCCUGCUGUUCCAAGAGGAGACCUCUGUCCAGGCCCUGAUUGAUGCCUGCAUUGAGGACGAUGGCAAGCUUUACCUGUGUGUCUCCAGCCCAACUAUCAAGGACAAGCCAGUCCAGAUCCGCCCCUGGAACCUAAGUGACAGUGACUUUGUGAUGGACGGCUCCCAGCCGCUGGACCCCCGAAAGACCAUCUUUGUGGGGGGCGUGCCCCGGCCUUUACGUGCAGUGGAACUAGCUAUGAUCAUGGACAGGCUGUAUGGCGGCGUGUGCUAUGCCGGCAUCGACACUGACCCUGAGCUCAAGUACCCCAAGGGGGCGGGCCGAGUGGCCUUCUCCAAUCAGCAGAGCUACAUCGCUGCCAUCAGCGCCCGAUUCGUUCAACUGCAGCACAAUGACAUUGACAAACGGGUUGAGGUGAAGCCCUACGUCCUGGACGACCAGAUGUGUGACGAGUGCCAGGGGGCGCGUUGUGGGGGGAAGUUUGCCCCCUUCUUCUGUGCGAACGUCACCUGCCUGCAGUACUACUGCGAGUACUGCUGGGCCAGUAUCCACUCCCGGGCGGGCCGAGAGUUCCACAAGCCACUGGUGAAGGAGGGGGGCGACCGCCCUCGACAAGUGUCCUUCCGCUGGAGCUGAGGGGCUCGAGAUGAGCCCUCGUGCCCCCCCUCCCCACCACCACGACAUCGGUGAAGAGAACUACAAAUACACGGUUCAUUCUUUUUCAAACUACAACGCUUGACUACAAACUCAUUGUCCAGUGUACCCUUAUGAUAAUAGGGGGGGAAAAAUGUAUUGCGUAAGUCUAUCUGCUUAGAAUUUGCACUGUGGCACAAAUACUCACUAAACACACAUGGGAUGGUAUGUUAGAGAAACCUGAUUUAUGUUUGAGUCCCCUGUUCCAUGACCGGGUGGGUCAGUGUCUCCUGUAGAACCCCACUGAGCUGUGGCAGAAGUGAGACUAUACAGUACAUAUAUAUUUAAAAGUUUUGUUUUAUAUAUAUAUCUAUAUAUAUAUCUAUAUAUAUAUAUAGAUAAUUACAUUCUAUGUGAAAGGAACAUGCACUUAUUAAUUUUUAGGAUAUUGCCCCUUGUAAAAAAUAUUACCAAAGGCAAAAAUAGAAUUAAUGCAUACAGAACAACUGCAUAGUAAGAUGAAGAUGUAGCAAGACUAAACAGUUAUCCAGUAGUGUGGGCCACAGUAGCCCAGAUAAAAAUAACAUGGCUAUAUUUUCUCUCUAUUUUGACUUUGAAAAUAGUAAAAAUGAAUACCUCAAGCGAAAUCCGAUUUAGUUUUGCUUUUGAUUAGGUCUUUGUUUUUUUAACAUUUAUUUUCUAGCAUUAUGUUAAUGUAAUGCCGCAAUAGCUUUUGCUGCUAAAUUCAUGGUAUUAACAGAUACCGUAGUAAUUUAUUCAGGCUAGGGUGUUCUAGCAAUUAUGAUGGCACCUGGUGAUAAGGAUGAUGACAGGCUAUCAUUGUAGGUAGACUUGCGGUUGGGCCAGUAACCGAAAGGUCGCUGUUUUGAAUCCCCGAGCCGACUGUGAUAAAUCUGUCGAUGUGCCCUAGAGCAAGGCACUUAAACCCUAAUUGCUCCUGUAAGUAGCUAAAUGACUCAAAUGUUUUAUUUUAUUUUUUAUAACGAUGAGAGGGGGUUGUCCAUUACUAAAUUAUGCCUAGUAUGUUGUGGGGUAAAGGGGGGUUGCCCCGUGAUGCAUGUAUACAGUAUUUCAAUCAUGCAAUAUAAUUUCAGUUGCUGCAUGCAAUAUAAUUUCAGUAUCAUGCCUACUAUUCAAUUCUGCCCAUGUUUGCACAACAUGCUAUAGAUGUACGUACAACUAGCAAGAAACUGGACACAAUAGGGAAGACAGACUGGUCAAAAAUCCUACACCUCCAGUGCGAUAUAUGUCAAUAGCCACAGGGCCGCAGUAUGAACACUGCUUCUGCACAAGGUGGCUAACCUGACCAGAUGACGAAAAAGUCAUAUGAAUCAUGAAUCCAACGAGAUGUAGGAUAUAUCAUUUAAGCUGUCUAUGAUAGGUGGAGUACUUUUUUUGCAGUGAUUUGUUAAUAUAAUUGUGGAGUUUUUUUAUACCAUAUGUAGUAAGGUCUGAGUAUGCCUAUAGAACUGUGAUAUGCUUUAACUGUUGUUGAUGUCCGACAAAAGUCAUGUGGAACUUCAUGAGCUAGUUUAUGCACACGUAUUUCUGUUCUCUCGUACACACAUUCACACACACACCAGACCAGGGUUCAAAUACAUGUGUAUUUUAGUAUUCUUUUUUUUAUACUUAUUUUCUGUGUAUUUGAGUAUUUUCUAAUAAUGUGGCCUGAAUCAACUACUUCUAUUAUAAGUAUUUGAAAGUAUUUUCAAAUAAUUUCCUAUAAAAGCCUACUAUAUUGAAGUAUUUUCAAAUACAAUAAUUAACUGCAUGGGUGUGUAUUUGAGUCAGUGUAUUUGAGUAUUUUCAAAUACUUUCCAAGUGGAUUUCCAAAUACAUUCCAAUAUUCAACUGCUUGUAUUUUCAAAUCAAAAAUAUAUGUUUUGAAAGUAAUUAAAAUAACCAAAAUAGUAUUUGAACCCAGGUCUGACACACACUCACUUUACACAGGUUCUCGUUCUCUUACACACAAACACACACCUAUGCACUCAAAGUCUGACCCAAACACACAGAACAUAUGACACGGACUUAAGUGAGCUCGACUCUGAGAAACACAGAACCACUGUCUACCGUUGACAAAGCGUAGGAUCAUGUCCCCAAAUAACCAAAGAGGCAACAUAUGUUCAACUUAAACCACCAACACAUACGGAGACCACAGAUGAUAUUGCGCGAAGCAUUAAGCCCGAUGUCUGUGUGCUUCAAGGUGCAAAGUUUAACAUUUGUACUGUUGUGGUGACGAGGCAUUAAAGCUAGUGAUGAGAAGACCGACUGAACAUUGAAGCUACUGGAGAUUUGUGGUUUAGUUAACUGAGCUUCUCAGCCCGCAGGUAACGUUGUCUCGACAUGGCUACGGGGGGGGGGGAUGCCAGAACAUUGUGUGCUAUCUGGGUUUACCGUAUUUAUCCAGAUUUUCCUGCAAAGCUUGAAAUAGAAUAAUGACCUGCUAAAAUGGUGGACAUUUUUAUUUUAUUUUUUAUCUGAAAAAACUACAAAAAAGAGACUAACCAUGAGUAAUAAUAAGUAUCCCUAUGAAAGUGAAUUCUGGGUGUUUUUGUGAUAUUUCUUUCCCCGCCCAGAAGGGUUUCUAUGUUUGUUCUUGCUCUAUAAUAGACAUUUGUUAUGCACUACUCUUUCUAUCUGGACAGUUUUCAAGAGUCAGCUAUUUUUUUUGGGUUGAGAGAAAAACAAAAGUGUGCUUUCUGACUGACACAAUCUUUUUUGCAAUACCUCAAUUUUGAAAUAUAUUAGGAGAGAAAAUGAUGUUUUCUAAGUUUAUUCAAAUAAAAACAAGUAAAUACAUUUAUUCGAGAGAUGAUAUAUAACAAGUGUUUGAGUUGAUUUUUUUUUUCAUUAUUUUGCUUCAUUUGAAAUAGUUUUUUUUUUUAAACAACUGAAGAGGCUAGAGCAUUAUAACUUUGAUAUAAUGAUGAUGUUAGCUGAAGUGAAGAGUCUACCUUGUUACAGAGGCGGUUGGAGUGAGUUUCCCGCUGGUCUGAUACCCGUGAAAGCGCAGAGUCACUAAGACAAACAUAUGAGUGGUAGUCUUCCAAGGAAAACCAUUAGUCCACAAAAAAAAUUUGACGGGAUAAGUCUAUUUGGUGCUUAGAAAGAUAACUGAAAAUGCUUCCCUUUUUUGUAUAUUUAUAAUCAAUAAUUUACUAUGCUGACCAGAAUUGUGAAAGAGAUCUUCUGUUCAUGUUAUUUUUUAAGAACACUUUUUUACGUUUCCUAAAAGUAUGUGCUCCCUUUGUUUUGUAAAAGCAACAUACCUUGAUUUGUUAGCCUGACAUUGUUUAAAAAGAGACUGAGCAGAUGGAGGUGGAAAGAAAAAUGUCUUCUUUUUUUUUUACAAUUAAGAGAUACAAGUGUAACUCGAUUUCAACUGUAACUUGAUCGAAAGUCCCCAAGGUGCAUCAAUUGAGUGGUGGCCUUCUAUUCACGCAAGACUUGAAUUAGUCAAAAAAUGAAGGCUAAGAACCUGUUCUUCGUUGUAAUGUGCAAUACUGUUUGUACUGUUUGUAAAAAAGAAAAGAAGAAAAAAAAAGGCGGCAAAAAUCUUUAUUUUCAUUGUGAUUCACUAAAAUCAUUUUCUACUGUUUAUUUACUUACUCUACAUGCUAGUACCUUCCAGUAGUAAUGUAGCCUUUGUACUGAGAACAUUUUCAUUAUUUUUUGAGAUUUUUGCUAAAAAAGAAAAGACUAAACAUAUAUUUAAAUAUUUUCAUUUUUUUAUUUGUUUUCUUUACAUAUUUCUCAACCAUUAAGUUAUUUCUGGGGGAGACUUUCAUAUCUGGUCAAUGUCAUUCAUAUUAUUUAGCAUUUUUACAUGAAAUAAAUUAAUCUUAUGAUGCUAAUUCUUUAAAAAAAUAUAUAUUUUUGUUUUCUUUGACUAUUUUAUUUUUGGAAGUUGAAAAACCUUUGUAAUAUUGUUUCUCAAGUGUCUAGAUUUUGGAAAUGCAAAGCCUAUGUUAACUCGCUGAUGUUGCUUACAUUAGUGUGACGAUAAUAGAAGAAAAAAUACAAAAAAAGAACAGUGACGGUUGACAUUACGUGAUUGGUAAUGUGAAACAAACUAAUAGGCAAUACAAUAAAAAGGCAGAAUGGAGCAGAAUGUUCUGAUAUUGUGGAAGCUGGACAAUGAUACUUACCUCCUACUGCUUCUGCUGCUACCACUAUAACCCCACCUUGUAUCGUCAAUGAUGUUACUUUCAAUGAUGUUGAAUGGCCACGUCGCACCACUUCCACUGAUGUGAGACAUCACAUUAACUCCUUUAAAACGUCAUGUCACAUGAGCCCCCCUUUAGUUUCAGAUGGUGGGUUAACCCCUGUCGGAGCCUGAAAACUGGCUAUGUGGACUAUUGAGAUUUUGUAUUUAAGUAUGAAUGUAAAUGUGAAGUGGAGGGUGUGACUUGUUGGAAACUAUUCAUCUUAAUGAGAGGAGUCAUACAUCUAAAUCUUUGGCAUGUUUUCUUUCUCUCCCCAAACCAGCUAGAUUGCUGAAGUGGAUGAACUGACCUUAGAUUUGAAAUACAUUUGACCCAAGAAACCCUGUAACAUCCUCUUUGAUAUUAUGCGGUGUGUUCUUAGAUGACGACAGUGACUUGAUUUUUGCCUUCAUUUACGUAGCCUAGUAGUCCAUAUGAAGUGUUGUGACAUCACUUUCUGUACUACAGUAUGGUCAUCAAUAAGUUUUUAAAAAACGCAAAUGCUGGUUCAAGAAUGUUACUUCUAGCUUGCCUUUUCUACCAGUUUGUACAGGUGGUGUUCUACUGAUAUCCUUCAUCUCUUCUACUAACCCAAUGGUUGCUUUCUCUCAAGGGUCAGUAUUACACUCAUUCCACCAAGAAUUUGUCUAGUAUUUAUCCUUUUUCAUACCCUGACAAUAAUAAGCAUUUGUAUGUGCAACUGAAAGGCUAAGACUUGGUAGGAAGAAAAUCAUGUGUUUUGGUGGAGGCAUUUGUUAUAUAAUCCUCUUUAAUUAUACCUAUAUAUUUCAUGUAACACUAGAUUUGGAUAGUAUGUACUUACGCUUCAUGGAUGUUCUCUCUGGGUCGUCAUUAGGCCUCUUCAUUAUGUUGUGAUCUCAAAAAAAGAAAAUUAUUCAAAACCUGCUCAAUAGUUGUUGUUUUUCUCAGACAAAAUCACUGUUCGUUUAUUUUUCGAAGUUAUACUUUGUAUUUGUGGUUUGAUUACGGGUUCCAUCUUGACGAGGCUUUGAGAUUGUUGACUUUGAUAUAUUAUAUAUAUAUAUAUAUAUACUAAUUCAGACGAGCAUAACUGGUUUAAAAACAUGGGAGCUCUAUGCUGCUAAUGCUUACUACUACUGCUUCAAGUGUGUACUUCCCACCUUACUUUUCCCUUUUCUGUACUAAUAACUAAAUCUUAUUAAACAUAGUUGUAUGAUGCUGUGAAA